AACGGCAAGCCUCUGGGUCAAGGAGUUUGGGUAAGAUUGGUCAAGGAGUGGUUCUCGGCGGCCACUUCCGCGCUCCUUCCUUCUCUCGCAGGGUCUGGCACCUUCCGCGCCCUCUGAUAUGCUGCCGUCGUCCCACGCCAGGGAGGGAGCUGGUUGUCACUCAAACUUGUUUCAGGCACUUCCAUCCACGCGACCAUCCUUCGCUAAUAGCUUGCUUGAGAUCUAAUUAAGCUGCAAGAAAGAAUAGAAUGUACACAUCAGCUACAUCACAAACAUCAGCUUGAUAGGGAGCUUGCAUUGGGACCAUGGAUCUGGUGACAGGGGCAAUGGGCUGCCUUGCCCCCAAGCUGCUCCAGCUGCUCCAAGAUGAAUACAACCUGCAGAAGGGAGUCAGGAAGAAAGUGGAGUUCCUCUCACGGGAGCUGGAGAGCAUCCACGCCGCCCUCCGCAAGGUAGCGGAAGUGCCGUGGGACCAGCUCGAUGAGCAGGUCAAGGUCUGGGCACGCCAGGUCAGGGAGGCAUCCUAUGACAUGGAGGAUGUCCUCGACACCUUCCACGUGCGUGUCGAGGGCGACGCACCCGCCGAUCCUAGCAGGCUCAAACGUGCCAUGAAGAAGAUGCGCAGCUUGUUCAGCAAGGGCAAGGCACGCCAUGACAUCGCAAGUGCAAUUGAAGAUAUCAAGAAGCAACUCCAGGAAGUGGCUGACAGGCGUGCUAGGUACAAAGUCGAUGAGAUUAUGGCCAAACCAGUGGCAAAGACGUCAACUAUUGAUCCUCGCCUUGCAACUAUGUACAGUGAAGUGACUAAACUCAUUGGCAUCGACAAGUCAAGGGGUCAGCUCAUAUCCAUGCUGUCACCCCUUUGGAACGACAACGAGUUCAACAAGAAGAUGAAGGUCGUUUCUGUUGUGGGAGUAGGAGGGUUGGGCAAGACUACCCUUGCCAAAGCAGUUUAUGAUGAGCUUAAACCACAAUUUGAUUGCUGGGCUUUUGUUCCCGUUGGCCGGAAUCCUGAUUUGAAGAAAGUCUUUAGGGACAUUCUUAUAGAUCUUGACAAGGAAACGUACAUGGCUUCCAAAUUUACAUUACUGGAUGAGAGGCAGCUCAUAAACGAACUCCAUCAUUACCUUGGAACAAAGAGGUACUUUGUUGUUAUCGAUGACGUAUGGGAGACACAAUCUUGGGAAGUAAUCAAGUUAGCUUUUGUUGAGAAUAAUAAUGGAAGUAGAAUAAUAACCACUACUCGUAAAUUAGAAGUUGCCACUAAUGAGGUUUACGAGCUACCACCACUUUCAUAUGGUAACUCCAAAAAAUUAUUCUAUACAAGGAUAUUUGGUGGCGAAGAUAAAUGUAUUGAUAAUCAACCUGAUGAGGUAUCUGAAAAAAUUCUAAAGAAAUGUGAUGGUGUACCAUUAGCUAUUAUCACAAUGGCAAGUUUGUUGGUGGGUAAGCCAAGAGAGGAAUGGUCUGAGGUGAACAGCUCUAUUGGUCUUUGCCUAAAUCAUAACCGGCAAGUAGAGAUUACGAUGAGGAUAUUGUCCUUUAGCUACUAUGAUAUGCCUUCACAUCUAAGGACUUGUUUAUUGUACCUAAGUGCAUUCCCAGAAGAAUAUGUUAUUAAUAAGGUUUCUUUAAUAUGGAAGUGGGUAGCUGAAAAUUUUGUGCAUAGGAAACAAGGGACUGAAUUAUUUGAGGUUGGGGAGGGAUACUUCAAUGACCUCAUAAAUCGAAGUAUGAUCCAGGCGGUUAAGUCAGAAGUGGAUGGCAUUGUAUAUGGUUGUCGUAUUCAUGAUAUGGUGCUUGAUCUCCUACGUUCAUUGUCACAUGAAGAAAACUUUGUCACUAUACUUUAUAAUAAUGUGGGCAUUGUAUCAGGAAGCAGAGUACGCAGGUUAGCAUUACAGGGUCCAAAGCACACUCAUCAGGUUAUUAAUCGUAUGGACAUGACACAAGUAAGGUCAGUUAUCACAUAUAGAUCCGAGUGGGUCUCGAUUGAGUCGAUUCCAAGCUUUAAACACUUACGUGUGUUAUUUUUAGAGGGCACGCGUAUAGAUCUUCAGCAUAUUGGAAAUUUAGUUCAGUUGAGGUACCUCGGGCUAAGACAUGUAUAUGUUCGUGAGCUCCCGAAAGAAAUAGGAUCUCUGAAGUUUCUAGAGACACUGGACUUGGAAGAAACUGGAAUAAUCGAAUUGCCCUCAAGCGUGGGACUACUAACACAGUUGAUCUGCCUACGUGCAUGGAAAACAAGGAUACCAAAUGGGAUACUCAAGAAGCUGAAGUCCCUAGAGGAGCUACAGAUAUAUCCGGCGGAAGAUGAAGAGUCCAAGGGACAGUUAGUCAAGGAUCUUGGUUACCUCGGUGAGCUCAGGGUGCUCAGGACGCUGGUUUCCAGGAUGGGUGAAAGAGUGCAAUACAAUUUGAUGCAGUCUUUACGCAAUCUCAACAAGAUCCAGUGUCUAACACUGGUUGGUUGGUGUCGUGCUAGAGAUGAAGGUAAUAAUGCAACAUGGGAAGCAGCGGUGCUCCCACGACAUCUACGACAUUUGAUUCUAGAAAACAUCCACUUCUCAUGGCUGCCAUCCAGCAUUAAUCCCUCGCGUCUUCCCAACCUUUCUCACUUGGACCUUUUUGUGGCGGCUAUGGAAGAGCAGGCUCUGGAAUCACUUGGCAGGUUGCCUCGGCUGUAUUACCUCAAGCUAUCAACAUGGUCCACGGUAACAUUAACUGAUAUUGCUUCCAAUGGUUUAUUCCAAAAGUUGAGAUCCUUGUCGUUGGUUCAAUCAAUGGUCCAGUUUGUGCUCAUCAAGGACUCAAGGGUUUCAUUUACAAUGUGGAAUGGAGUGGAUGCCAUGACAUUUGAUUCUAAAAUGAAGGAAGAGUUCAGAGUAGAACGGGCUAUCAUGCCGAAUCUCAAAGAGCUUGAAUUUCUGGUUCCUUUGCUUUCCUUGAUGCAUGAGAAUGGUAACUGUGACAAUCUUGGCUUGGAGCAACUCACUUCACUCAACAAAGUCACAGUACAUUUGAGGUGUGAGAGUAAUUUGCCUGCGCAUGAGAAGGAAAUCGAAGCAGAGGUUGCGCUGAGGCAUGCAGCUGACGUCCAUCCCAACCGCCCCACCCUCAGUGUGUUGUACUCCCCUCCGUUGUCCAUCCCAACCGCCCCACCCUGAAUGGAGGUAGUAUUUGUGAAGCUCAAACAACACAUUCGAGGCCAAGAGAAGAUCCAGGUAAUAUAUACUAGCUGUUGCAUUAUUAAUUCCAAUGACAAGAGGACGAGCAUCGUUGUCGAAUAGUAUGUUGUUUUUCUCUCCUUUAAUUUCUAUAUGCCAUUUCUUAUGAUCUUUCGCCUAAGAAACAUCAUCUGAUUCUGUAUUAUGAAAUUGAUAUUAUCGGAUAAUGUGUGGUGUGUAAGCGUAUGCAGGAAUAAUCCAUAUUGCUCA